AUGCCAUUGUGCGGAUCUUCAUCGAGCUCUAAGCAGCCUUUGGAGCGUAAAAUAGUGAUUUUAGGUGAUGGUGCAUGUGGUAAAACUUCGUUGUUGAACGUGUUCACGAGAGGUUACUUCCCGAAAGUGUAUGAACCCACCGUUUUCGAGAACUAUAUCCAUGAUAUUUUUGUGGAUGGACAACAUAUAACGCUUUCCCUGUGGGACACGGCCGGUCAAGAGGAAUUUGAUCGACUUCGAUCGCUGUCGUAUUCCGACACUCACACGAUUAUGCUAUGUUUCUCAGUCGACAGUCGGGAUUCGCUUGAAAACGUGCAAAAUAAAUGGGUUGGGGAGAUAGCAGAUCAUUGUGAAGGUGUUAAAUUGGUACUUGUCGCCUUAAAGUGUGAUCUUCGUAACAGUAAUGAAGAACACGGUUUGGACAGUGCAAUUACACCGGGCAACAUUCAACAGCAACAACAACAACGGCAACAAGGCGGUGAAGUCACAACAGGUCUAAUCACGUACGAAGAAGGUUUAACGAUGGCCAAAAAAAUUGGGGCUUUGCGAUACCUGGAGUGUAGCGCAAAACUGAAUAGAGGCGUAAACGAAGCGUUUACGGAGGCGGCACGCUGCGCGUUGACGGCUCGGCCCAAAGGUGCCCGUGAAAACGCGACGACGGAGGAAACCAAGAAAAGCAAAUGUGUUAUUAUGUAG